UUCCUCCAUCAAACAAAGUGCUCCACCGUUCACCGGUAACUGGAACUCCUCGGUGACUGGAUCCACUCAUCUACGAACCCCAUCCCAUCUCCACCCCCGUCGUUCUACAGAAUUACCAUAGCCCGAUCUUCUGGCCUUCUCCCUCCACUUUAGGCUUCAAUCUCCCCGUUCAAAACCCUAAACUGUAAAAAUCCUAACCCUAGAGGCAUCGUCGUCGUCGUCAGAGAAUGGCGCCGGUGAUGUUUCCGGUGGGGGCGGAGGUGGAGGUGAGCUGCGAGGACGAGGGCUUCUACGGGGCCUGGUACGAGGCCCGCGUUAUCCGGGCUGCCUCUCGUCGCCGCCCAUACAUUGUUGUCUACGACUCCCUCGUCGACGACUCCGACGAAUCCCGCCCCCUCUUCGAGACCGUCGUCGCUGCCAAGAUCCGCCCCCGCCCCCCGCCGCCCCCCGAGCCCCAGAUCUUCACCCUCCACCAGCUCGUCGACGCCUUCUAUAACGACGGGUGGUGGGCUGGCGUCGUCUCUGCCGUCCCUCCGCAGGGCGGAGGGAAGUACUCCGUCUGCUUUCCGAACACUAGGGAGGAGAUGGAGUUCGCCCCGGCGGAGCUGAGAACCCGGCGUUACUGGAUCCGAGGCAAGUGGGUUUCUCCCGAUGGGAAGGAAACAGAGAAGGUGAUGUAUAGCACAGGAACUCAAGUUGAAGUUGCCCGUGUUUAUGGAAAAUUUCCUGCUACUUGGUUACCUGCGGUUGUUGUUAAACCAAUCUGGAGGAACAUUUUCUUGGUUGAGUACAGGAGCUUUGAAACCGAGGAUGAGAGAUCAAAGAAAGAGAUUGUUGAUUUGCAAGACAUCAGACCUUGCCCUCCACAUUCGUCAGAAGAUAGAAAUUUUGACCUGCAUGAUGUGGUUGAAGCAUUCUACAGAAAUGGCUGGUGCCGGGGAGUUGUUGCUAGGAUUAAUGCCAGGUCAAGGUACAGCAUUAAGUUAAUGCAUUUGGAGGAAGAGUUGGAAUUUAGCCAUGCAGAGGUGAGGCUUCCCUAUGAUUGGGAUAAUGGAAAAUGGGUCCUUGCAUCACAGGACAAAUCUACCAGACAGAGCAGUAGUGGGACAGAGUCAGUGAAUCAUGAACAGUAUUCAAAUGCAAGCAGUAUUGCUGAUAAAUCCAAGGGCCCUCUUUCAGUCAUGGCUUUGAGUUUUGAGGGGGAUGAAACUCUCUGUAAAUCAGGCAUUUAUACCAUGAAUUUUGAGAACCGGCAGAUAGCAAGAUCAACAUUUCGAAGCCGGCUGGAGUCAUCCCAGCCUCGGAAGAAAUGGAAGAAAGGUGAAGAAGCAAUUGAGGACAAUGCAAAGUUGUUGGAUUUCUUGGUGAUGGCAAGGAGCACCAAAACUCCUAGCAGGGUGGGGACAGGAUUUGAUAUUACCACACCAGCUACCAAAGUGAGAGCUAACUUCCACCUUAGAUCCUUCAUAAUUGACAGGUUCGGCUACUCCAAGAACCUUUUAAAGGAUAAGAAUAUGGUGGGCCCAGACCAUAUGACACCAUCAUGCACAGGUUCCUUGUUAGAGGCGGAAAAUCAUGAAACACUUGUGCCAGCAAAGCAUGGUCUAGAGUCAUUGACACUACACACUCCCAUUAGCAUGAUUGGACUGUCAAGCAAGAGGGGAGAAUCUAGCAAGCAAGGGAAGGAUGGAUCUAAAAACAAGUCAGGAACAUUGCAUCUCUGUUGCUCUUCAUCAAGUAAAGGUGCUGGUUAUGCUCAGUGCCCUUCGACAAAUGAUCACCCAAAAAAGAAGCUUGUCUCUAAACAUCAACAAGACAAGCUGCCUGAUGACAAUGGUCUCAGACAGCUUACAGUUGGAGAGAAAAGAAGGAAGAGAGGUAGACCUCAGAAAAUAAAACUAUCAGAUGGAAGUGUGUCAUUACAAGGACACAAUGUGAAACAAUCUGAGGGAAGCAGUCAUGUGAGAAUUGUGAGCGAGCAUGCUCAAGAAGUUGGUGUUUCUGCUAUAGUUGACUCUAGUUGUAUUACCUGUGAAGUUCAACCUCCUUGUCAUGGCUCCAAGGAAAGGGGCCAUGAAGAUUCUCCAUCUGCCUUAGACUCUCAGGGAACACUAAUGGGAGAGAAUGUUUCUAAGAUGACCGAUGUUCAAGAAGUCAACAAAGUGGUUAGUGAGCAAUCUGUUGAAGACCAUUCCAUGUCUCAACUACAGGUGAUAACUCAACAUGACCGUAUAACAGGAUUGGAUGCAUUAAACCUGGCAAUGGGUUCUAAAAAUGCAUGGCUGAUCGAAACCUUGAACUCUUGCAUACAGCAGAGUGAUGCCGGAAGUGAAGAGCAACAUGGGGAUUUGGCUCCUCCUUUAGGUGGUCAAAUUGAUCAGAGGGCCCCUACUGGGAAAGUAAAGGCUGUGACUGAACCCCGUUGCGAGUCACCUCCAAAGAAGUCAUAUUUGCCAUUUGAGAAACGCUCUUCCUUGUGGGAAUCUUUUGAGUCAAUGGAAAUAUUAUCAGCAAUGCCACAACAGCCGCAUUUUCGCCCCUUGGGACAAUACUGUAAGGAGUUUCGUGAAGGAAUGGCUAUAGGUUUGAUGGUGACUUUUUCUGACUUGCUAGUCAGAAUACGCAAGCUACAGAUAACUGAUUCACGGAGCAGAUUUGAUGAAGGGUUGAAAACUCUUGUGCAUUUACAAGAACAUGGUUUCAAUGUUCAAGGUGCACGUGCACGCCUCGAGGAGUUACUUAGGAUGAAAGAUAAUCAGGAGCAACUUCUGGAGAAGAAGUUUGCGUUGGAAGUGAUUAUCUCAGAGAAGCAGAAGGAGAACGAUUGCCUAAAUUCUGAGAUUCAAGAAAUUGACAAGGCCAUCAAAAAUUUGGAGGAGUCUCUCAUGCAGUUCCGGCAGAAAAAAGCUUCAAUGUUGAAACUAAAAGAGGAUAAUGACUCUGAGUUGGUGAAACUGCAAAUGGAUGCAAGCUCUGUUGAGGAAGUUCUUACAUCUGCUAAACAAGACUUUGAGGGCAUCCUUGCUGCUUCAUGGUGAAGUUGCUGAGAUGCUGGUGCUGAACAAGUGAAGGAAUGAAAUGUAAUCUUCUGCAGAACUAAUGCUUGUACAAUGAAAUGCCAGUAUUUUAAGUAUUUUCUGUGUAAAUUUAUGUUGGCCUGUUCGCCAACAUACUUCUCUUACACUUCAGCUAACAUCUGUGACAUGUCACUAUGAUCAAUGGAUGGACAACAUGAAUCACCAAAA